AUGUCUAAYUCUUCCAUGACUGAGUCUUGUGUUUUCUGUGGUGAAAGUCAUUCUUAUGAGUUUUGCCCCGGAAACCCCGUUUCGGUAAAUUAUGUUGGGAACCAUACAAGAAAUAGCCCAUUUUCUCCAACGUACAAUUCAAAUUGGAGAAACCAUCCAAAUUUUUCAUGGGCCGGAAAUCAAGGACUUCAAUCCCCCGGGGCAACUCAAGCCCAAAACCGACCUUCAAAUGCCCCGGGAUUUAAUCAAGGCAGUCAUUACAUGCGAGGUAACAAUCACAUGCAAGGUAAUCAUCACAUGUACCAAAGUGGACAAUCUUCACAACCACAUGCACCUAGGCAACAAAAUGCAUCGGAGGGUAAUGGUUCACUCGAAUUUUUACUUAAAGGUUUUAUAAACCAAACCAAUGCCACCUUGAGGAGUUUUGAGACCCAACUUGGCCAAUUUGCCACGGAUCUCAAAAAUAGACCUCAAGGAACUUUGCCUAGUGACAAGGAAACACCUAAGGAACAUGUUAAGGUCGUGACUUUAAGAAGUGAUAAGGACUUAGGAGACUCUAAUGCCGGAAAGGAAACACCCAUGGAGCCGAUUUGUCAAGAAAAUAUUUCACAUUCUUUUGACACAUCGAAAUUUCUAGUUCUGUUUCCUACAGUUGAAGAAACUCAAAUUCCAGUUUCUGUUCCAGAAACAGCAGCUUUACCCAGUUCCAGCACCACCCAUUUUCCAACUGACACUGCUCACAGUGGGCAGAAACUGCCCACACCCGAACAGAUUAAGACCGGUCCAACAGAUUUGGAUCUAAGAGAUUUACCUUUUCCAGGAAGGAUGAAAGCCAAAAAUGUGGAUGUUCAGUUUAAGAAGUUCUUGGACAUCUUUAARCAACUCCACAUUAACAUACCUUUGGUAGAAGCUCUCGAGCAAAUGCCUAGCUAUGUUAAAUUUUUGAAAGACAUCCUCAAUAAAAAGAGAAGAUUUAGUGAAUUUGAGACCAUAUCUUUGACAAAGGAAUGUAGUGCCCUUCUUACUUGCAAAAUUCCCCCAAAGCUGAAAGACCCGGGAAGUUUCACCAUCCCAUGCUCUAUUGGUGGGAAAGAAGUGGGUCAUGCCUUGUGUGACCUUGGGGUAAGUAUAAAUCCCAUGCCUUUGUCCAUUUUUAAUCAGUUGGGAAUUGGGGAAGUUCGAGCUACUACCGUGACUUUGCAAUUAGCAGAUAGGUCCUUGGCAUAUCCGAAAGGUAAAAUUGAAGACAUGUUGGUUAAAGUGGACAAAUUCAUCUUUCCAACCGACUUUCUAGUGUUAGAUUAUGAAGCCGAUAGGAAUGUCCCGAUUAUCUUAGGAAGACCCUUUCUUGCUACGGGUAGGACAUUGAUUGAUGUAUAA